UGGACGACGUGGAGACCCAAGUCCUGCAGAGACGCGCUUUCUUUCCACUACCAUCCACAGAGUCCUUCCUCUUCCCCUGGGAUAGACUCGAUCUCGCCCUUCCAAAGUGUCACUGCUACGUUCGAGGUGGGAGCCUUGGCAUGCAGCCGCUUUCUGGCCAUAGACAUCAUUCUCCUGGCAUGAAUACUUGUACUAUCACGGUCAAAGUGACCGGGUAGGCGGUCUCGCUCUUUAUUAGGGGUCUUGGAAACGAAUCAGAAUGGCUCAUGUCAACGACCUCGUCGUUCACAGUCUGGAUGCAAGCGCUUCCAAAGGCACCAUUGAACCCAUUCUUUCCCUCUCCAAUAAGAUCUUCAACACAGCAUCCUCAUCACCAACUCACCACUCGUCUCUGGACGAAUGGCACAAGCGUCUAUCCCAGCCGACCUCUGUCUUGCUCUAUGCCAGAGACUCUAACCCUUCGUCCACAGAGGGAAGGCCGGUUGGCUUCAUAUUCUUGCAUCCCAAGUCCGACAGUUCUCUACCUAGUCAGACACUACGCAUCUGGCUUGCCGGCGUGGCUGAACAAGCACGCGGCACGGGCAUAUUUGCCGCUCUAAUGAUGGCUAUCGAGCAACACGCGCGAAGACACGGUGUCCACGAACUGAGCGUAUGCACGUAUCCUGGGAAAUUCGGCAAGAUGUUCACCAUCCUCCAAAAGACGGGAUGGAAGGAGCGCGCGUGGUUAGAAGAUGGAGAGAAAGUGCUCAUGAGCAAGUCCCUACUGUAGAUGAGACCCACUACUCAGCUAUGCGCGGAAAGGAGCUCAAUAUCAGGCUGUUCAGCUGCCGUGCCUCGGC